AUGUCGCUAACCCUAGACACCAUUCUUGAGGCCGUGAUCAUGCCAGCAAUACAAUCCCUAAACCACACCAACACCACUUUUACCCUCUUUUGUCCUCGAGACCAAGCUUUCUUCAACUCCAAGUAUCCACAGCCUCCGUUGACACUCCUUAAGUACCACAUUGUGCCAUUCAAGUUCGACAGAGAUACAAUAGAGGCAUAUGUUGGUCAUGGUUCCAAUGUUCGAACUCUUUUGCCCGGUCAUCCUCUCGUUGUUACUUCCUUACCAACCCGUACGGGUGCAUCAUACGCUUCUAUUAACCGAGUCAAAAUCACUGAAUGGAAUGUCUACAACAACGGACGACUCAUUGUUCAUGGGGUUGAGGACUUCUUCGAUCCGGCUUUCCAAACCCUAUUGUAUCAACAGCACGACGUCACCGUUGUGACAAAGGUUCUGUCUCAUGGAUUUUCUUGGCAGAGAGAGGUGAUAGCGUAUUGGUUUCUUUUGCAAGCUCUUGCAGCUACUGUGCUCAUUCUCGCAUAUACCUUUUGUGACAAGGACGAUGUUCAAUAUAUUGUAGCUAGCUAG